AUGUCCGAUCCGAAAGCGACUGCUGGUGGAUCAAAAUCGCGGACAGGAUGUUCAGAGUGCAAGCGAAAACGUGUGAAAUGCGACGAGGGCAAGCCUAGCUGUGUAAGGUGCAAGAGACAUCCCGAGCGAUGCUCCUACGAGUUGAAGUUGUCUUGGACGCAGGGACGACCCUUUAAGAAGCCGAGGACCAAGGAGCCUUGGGUCACUAAUCUUGCUGAAGGUGUCGCGACUGCUCAUGCUGAGCCGUUAUCGUCUGAUGCGACUGUUCAAAAUGAAGUGGAAACUACUGAUAAGACAACUUUGUCGCACGAAGAACCUCAACCAUCGCAAGUCGAGGACUCUGAUGUUACACAACACACUGGUCUAGAUUUAUUGAGUGCCACCCAGGACUUCAGUAUUCCAUCUGGCUUGGACGAUUUUCAAGAUGUGUUUCCUCUACCUGAGAGCAAUGCACUCAUACAGACAGGUCCCGUCGCUGACGAAUUUGACCUCGAUUUCGAGUUGGCUGAUGAAACAAUUGAGCGAGACGUAUCCCUCAUACCUUACCAGCAUUAUUCUCCACCAACUCUGCCACCAUCUCUGAGCCAGUAUCCUCUGCUGUGUCCUUCCGAGUCUCCCAACGCAUACUUCUUCCUGCAUCAUUAUAUCACCCAUACAUCGCUUACCCUGUUUCCACUGAUGGCACCGUCAAUCCAUCAAGAAGUUUUGUCUGUCGCAGCGCAAACACCACAUUUACUAUCAGCAGCUCUGGCCUUGUCCUGUGAUCAGGUACGACGUCUCCGAGGAAAUUAUUCAGUAGACCUACAGAAUCGAACAGCCUUCUUCUUGCGAAAGGCACUGACUGGACUACGGAAAGCUAUGAAUGACCCUGCGGAAGCUCCUAAUUUCUCGACCAUUUGUACUGUACUCUUUCUUUGCACUAAUGAAGUCAUGGCUGGAAAUACAGUGGCUAUGCGAACGCAUUUGCAUGGCGCAGAAAAUCUACUGUCCCUCGCCCUAGGCAAGUCUCGACGUGAGGCUGUCACGAAUCUGGACGAUAAGAAGCUCUUCCUCAUUCGCUGGUUCGCCGUCGUCGAUAUCUUCGCCAGCAUCAUGAGUCUUGAUAAGACCAGUUCGUCAGAUGGCCAAUUCUGGUCUGUUGGAGCGCCAAACGGAGGUUCGUCCCCUCAGUACAUUGACGAGUUUGUUGGCUUCUCGCUGGAGCUCAUGCCGGUCCUCGCUCGUAUUGGCCGUAUGGCUCGUCUACAACGUCGUCGCAAAGUUUUGGGCUCUUCUUUGGACUCUGGCUACGCCGAGAUGGCUGACGAUUUGGACAUGCUCUUGGCAGACAAUAUCCUGUUGACAGAACAACAGCUUUCGCUUUUGUUUACCCGCGCAUCAUCGCCCUCGUUAUCGCAUACUCAGGAUCCUGUUCUCAUGGAGGAGGCAGUAUAUGUACACCAAAUUUUUGUACAUGCAGCACUUCUACACUUGUACCGACGCGUACAAGAACUCCCCGAAUUAGACCCGAAACCAGCAAUAGCUCUAGCAUCUAUGCUCGACCUUCUCGGCAGGCUGAGGCCAGAAUCGCCUGCAAACGUCUUGAUCCUAUGGCCGCUUUUCACCGCCGGAUGUGAGGCCGAAGACCCAGACUUAAGAGAUUACAUUGAAGCUUGCAUGAACCGUAUCCGCAACUACGGUUGGGGUAAUGCAGACGCUGCAUCAACAGCUCUGCGAGCCUAUUGGGACGAAGGUAAUGGCGAGCGCUGGGAUGUGUUUCUCGAGCGCAGAGGCUUCGAUGUCGUGCUCUUCUGA